ACCUCGGUCUCGAUCAAGGCCCAGUAACUAAGCCCAGUUCUAGUCAGAUCGGGCUUUUAACUUCUCGAGCUUCCACGCCAGUAAACCCAGAGCCCACCACCCAGUCCCCCUCACUCGCCGGCGAGCUUCACCACCACCACUAUGCCAACCGCGGCCGCCGCACGAGCCUUCUUCUCCACAUCGCCGGCGCCACCCCGGCCUCCUCUCCACCACGCGGGAUCCCGUACCGCCGCGGCCGCGGCCGUCUCCUUCCCUCGGCGAUCGGCUCCAACCGUCUCCCUCUCGCUCUCCGCCCCCGCCUCGCCGUGGGCGGCGGCGGCGAACCCCAAGUACCACAACGCGAAGGCGGACGCGGGGGACGAGGACGUGGAUCCCGGGGAGCUCCUGCGGCGGUUCACGCGGGAGGUUUCACGCGCCGGCGUCCUGCGUGAGGCCUGGCGGCGGCAGAGGCACGAGGACGCCCGGGACAAGCGGAAGCGCAAGUCCCGCGACGCCGCGUGGAGGUACCGCCGCAGGCGCUUCAAGGGUCCAUAUCCAUUCGAUGAAGAGCAGGAGCAAAAGGAGCGAACGACGGACGAUGAUGGGCAUGACAACUGGAAGCUUCCUGGAGGAGAGCUGCCUUCCUACAGAUGAACCAAGAAGCUACACUUCCAUAGGAGGAUUAACUCGACGACUAGAUAGAUAGCACGAGCUCCCACUCUAGCUGAUCCGGCGCCAAAAGAUAGUGGGCUUGUGUUUCUGGAUACAAAGCUUGGUCACAAACGUAUUCUGGAUGGAUUAAUGUACCGAGUCCGAUCAUCUCUGAUUUAGCGUGUGUUUCUGAUUGAUUGCCAGUUUGCUUCAAUCAAUGGAUCAAUGUGCAUCGUGUCUUCUUUGUUAAAUGACACUCAGAUGGGAAUUAAAAUACUAGAAGGUUCUGUUUAAAGACUCGA